AUGUCUAUCCCCGUAGGCCUUCAGAUAGGGCUUGAGCUGACCAAUUUUGUCGCUCCCUUGACCAAGACCGCAUUCAGGUUGGGAUCCCUCGCUGUACGAGAGGCAAUUGAGCGUUCUGGCUCCGAUGAGUUGACCGAAUUGAAACUUGCCCACAUCCUAGGCCGGCAUCGCCUGGACGAUGUGAUAGCAACGCAUUUUCGCGAUAUUGUAUCCCGGUCUAGCAGUACCCCUCUCUCACACUUCAUGAAAGAAUUGGUAUUAGAGAGCGGCUCGGGUCCCACGGUCACGCAAGCAUUGACGUGUGGCAACCCAGCCCUGCUGUCGAUGGUCAUUCAAGUGUCGUUUUUGGCGUGGUCCCACGAACAUCAAUCGCUAUCGCAGGCUCUGACACAGGCCAUCGAUGAUAUGCUCAUUGAGAGCAGGGCGGCGACCAGCCACGGAUUGAAUUAUGUGUCGCUACUCGGAACCGUUUUGGCUUGCCAACAGCAGACUGCGGGGUUUUCAUGGGCGCACCACUAUGCUGCUAUUGAGGACAAGAUCUUGAAGGAGCUGAAAGCUCGUUCCACGCAGGAGCGCCCUGCAAAGCGACGCAAGUCUCGUGGUGGUCAGUCCGCCAAACCUGUCCACCAACAAUCCCUCUCAGAUAGAGCGAUGCCAUAUGUCAUUCUACGUGGCCUCAUCAAAUCUCUUGACUCCGUUCAGAGAUUUCCCGAGGACUGCAUAUUGCAGCUCUCUUGCGAUCGAGGUAUUUCCUCAGUUGUGCUUUGGUGCUACCACAUCCUGGGCAUCAGUGUGCUGGUGCGACUGUCCGAUACGCUCGUGCAUUUUGGAGCCGGGCCCUAUAAUGUAACGAUUGAGUCGUGCAAUUCAUUGGAGGUCUCUGCGGUUCUUCUCCAGCGGGCAUCGGAGAAUGUACCGGUGUUCACGUUGAACCGGGAUGAUGCUGACCCCUACAUCCGCUGUGAUCAACGAAAGGAAGCCAGAGGCUUUCUACGGCAGAUCCUGACAUCUCAUGGCAUAGAAGGUGACGAUCCGCCGAGUGAUGAUACCAUCAAGGUUGCAUCUCUGAGUCACUUAUCCCAGGAUACUGAAGAUUUAGAUGAGUACGACACAAUUCAGCCUGCUUCUCUCAACCAGUCAUCACAGAAUAGCGAAGACUCGAAUACACUCGAACAAAACGUGGAUUAUGCGUCUACCAAUUACUUUUUGCGACCUAAGAUCCUCCGAGCAGCUUCUUUUCUUCUCGACAUCGAUACUGAUGAUUUGUGUGACGACACGAUCGAGCUGGUUAGCAUCAGUCGCAAGAGAAACAUUUCUUGGUCAGCAAUCGUUGCCGUUGUCUACGCUUUUGCUAAAGUGGGAGACCUGACUGGGUGCGAACUGAUGCCGCUUUCCCUGGACACAUUCGAGGACCUUAGCACGGAAACUCAAAGCAUCACUGACAGUGAGGGACUUCUUCGGCAAGCCGUGCCUGACACUCUCCAGUGUUUCGAUCUGGUCUGCCGCUUAUUACUUGGAAGUCGGUUCACAAAGGAGUAUGUGUCAAGGGCAAUUCUGAUCAGUUCCCACGGCUGGAGCGUCUUCUUGGAUAUCAUGGAGGCAUCUGAUCCCACGGAUGCGGCUAGUGGUAGCUUGCACAUAAAACCUGGCGUACCCGCACGGGACGGUAUUCGAAAGGCGCGGAUAAUUGAUGGAAUGACUGAUUUUGGUAUCGAUGCCACCCGAGAGCUUUUGUUUAACUCUGAGCCCCGCAUCUCAUUCUGGCCUGGGGUGUGGACUGCCAAGGUUGUUGGCACACAUAUCGGAUACCAUGGACAGGACGCCUUUACAGUGGUGCAAAGCUACGACUGGGCUCACAGCGGCCAAGUAUGCAAAAAGUGGCGACUUGGGUUUCGUGAAAAGCAAGACAUGUGCGUGAAGUUGCAGAUACUAAGAAAAUGUCCCUGCGAGACGGGACAGUCUGAGGUUGAGAGACGACGCGUAAUCGAUAGGCACUUGACUUGGCCGGUGGCUGCAAAGAUGGAGAAUGAUACCACACAGACUUACGUCGUGAAACAUCCUGAGGAUGAGUGGAACGCCUCUCGAAUACCUGAAAGAAUCUUCCGCUGUCAGGACGUCUGGUAUUUCUAUGUUACCGGCGAUGGUGCGGCGAGAUGGCUGGGCUUGGACAAUCUCGACCGAUUAUCAUUGGAGGUUAACGACUACCCCAUAAUAGCUCGUGGCAAGGGCUGUUGCGUGUCUUGCGCCAUGAAAGUGGUGAAGGGCAAAGCUUUGGUCUUGUUAUAA